CACCCGCGCACCCCCGCGCCACACGUAGACGCCGCGCCUAAGCGCAGUGCGGAAUCUAAUCGAGUCGUCGUGCACCCUCCACGUCACGGGAAGCGGCGGCAGCGGCAGCGGCUGGCGGCGCUUCGGGCAGCACCGAAAUCCAAAGCGCCGCGAACAGGUUGUGUGUGGCACGCAGACGUGCGCUGCAGGCUCGUCACGAGACAUGACGGCCGCCGAGAAUGUGUGCUACACGCUCAUCAACAUCCCCAGUGACUCAGAGCCUCCCACUGAGAUCAGCCUCAAGAAUGACUUGGAGAAGGGUGAUAUCCGUGCCAAGACAGAGGCGCUGAAGAAGGUGAUUGUGAUGAUCCUGAGCGGCGAUAAGUUGCCGGGGCUACUCAUGACAAUCAUCCGCUUCGUGCUGCCUCUGCAAGACCACACACUGAAGAAGUUGCUGCUUGUCUUCUGGGAGAUUGUGCCCAAGACGACGCCCGAUGGCAAGCUGCUGCAAGAGAUGAUCCUUGUGUGCGAUGCCUACAGGAAGGACCUGCAGCAUCCCAACGAGUUCAUCCGUGGCUCCACUCUGCGUUUCCUGUGCAAGCUGAAGGAGGCGGAGCUGCUGGAGCCGCUCAUGCCGGCGAUCCGCACGUGCCUGGAGCACCGGCACAACUACGUGCGGCGCAACGCCGUGCUCGCCAUCUACACCAUUUACCGAAACUUUGAGCACCUGAUCCCGGACGCCCCGGAGCUGAUCCACGACUUCCUGGUGAACGAGAAGGAUGCGAGCUGCAAGCGCAACGCCUUCAUGAUGCUCAUCCACGCCGACCAGGAUCGUGCCCUGGACUAUCUGAGCACCUGCAUCGACCAAGUGCAGACGUUUGGCGACAUCCUGCAACUCGUCAUUGUUGAGCUCAUUUACAAGGUGUGCCACGCCAACCCCACAGAGCGCGCCCGCUUCAUCCGCUGCAUCUACAACCUGCUGCAGUCGUCGAGCCCCGCGGUGCGGUACGAGGCGGCGGGGACGCUCGUCACGCUCUCCAGCGCCCCCACCGCCGUCAAGGCGGCGGCCCAGUGCUACAUUGACCUCAUCAUCAAGGAGAGUGACAACAACGUGAAGCUCAUUGUGCUCGAUCGCCUCAUCGAGCUGAAGGACCACCCGAGCCACGAGCGAGUGCUUCAGGACCUGGUGAUGGACAUCCUGCGUGUGCUGGGAACUCCCGAUCUGGAGGUGCGCAGGAAGACUCUGCAGCUCGCGCUGGACCUGGUGUCCUCGCGCAACGUCGAGGAGCUGGUGAUCGUGCUAAAGAAGGAGGUGAUCAAGACCAACAACGUGACGGAGCACGAGGACACGGACAAGUUCCGCCAGCUCCUCGUGCGGACACUACACUCGUGCAGCGUGCGCUUCCCGGACGUGGCUGCCAGCAUUAUCCCCGUGCUGAUGGAGUUCCUGAGCGACACUAAUGAGCUGGCGGCGGGCGACGUGCUGGUGUUCGUGCGGGAGGCCGUGCAGCUCUUCGAGAGCCUGCGGCCGCUCAUCAUCGAAAAGAUGCUCGAGGUCUUCCACUCCAUCAAGGCUGUCAAGAUCCAGCGUGGGGCGCUGUGGAUCCUAGGCGAGUACUGCAACUCUAAGGAAGACAUCCAGAGUGUCAUGACGGAGGUGCGCCGCUCCAUCGGAGAGAUCCCCAUUGUGGAGACGGAGAUCAAGAAGGCCGCGGGUGAAAACAAGAUUGACGAAGAGGUGUCGAUGGUGCCCGCGCAGAAGCUCGUCACCGAGAUGGGCACCUAUGCCACGCAGAGCGCUCUCAGCACGGCUCGUCCUUCCAAGAAGGAGGAGGAGAGGCCACCCCUGCGCGGGUUCCUCUUGGAAGGAGAUUUCUACGUGGGUGCAGCCAUGGCCACCACCCUCACCAAGCUGGCCCUGCGCUACAUCGCGCUGGUGGACGACAAGCGCAAGCAGAAUUCAUUUGUGGCAGAGGCGAUGCUGCUCAUGUCAAGCGUGCUGCACCUGGGCCGCUCGUCGCUGCCGAAGAAGCCGAUCACCGAGGACGACGUGGACCGCAUUGCACUGUGCCUGCGUGUGCUGUCCGAGCUCUCGCCGCUGCUCUCCGACAUCUUCAACAAGGAGUGCCGUCGCUCGCUCUCCAACAUGCUCUCUGCCAAGCUGGAGGAGGAGAAGCGAUCGCUCAAGAAGGAGAGUGAGAAACGCACGGUGAGCGUGCAGGCCGACGACCCGAUCACAUUCAUGCAGCUCAUGGCCAAGAGCGAGAACUCCUCUAAGGAGGACCAGUUCCAACUGAGCCUGCUGGCUGCCACGGGCCACUCGCAGAAGAAGGAGGCCGCCGACCCCCUCUCCUCCAAGCUCAGCAAGGUGACGCAGCUGACGGGCUUCUCGGAUCCUGUGUAUGCCGAGGCGUACAUCCACAUCAACCAGUACGACAUCGUGCUGGACGUGCUGGUGGUGAACCAGACGAGCGACACCCUGCAGAACUGCACGCUGGAACUCGCCACCCUCGGGGACCUGAAGCUGGUGGAGAAGCCGUCGCCGCUCACGCUGGCUCCCUACGACUUUGCCAACAUUAAGGCCAACGUGAAGGUGGCCUCCACCGAGAACGGCAUCAUCUUCGGCAACAUUGUGUACGACGUGACGGGCGCGGCGAGUGACAGGAACUGCGUCGUCCUCAACGACAUUCACAUCGACAUCAUGGACUACAUCCAGCCCGCCACUUGCUCUGAUGCCGAGUUCCGGCAGAUGUGGGCCGAGUUCGAGUGGGAGAAUAAGGUCACCGUGAGCACCAACAUCCUCGACCUCAUGGAAUACCUGAAGCACAUCCUCAAGUCCACCAACAUGAAAUGCCUCACUCCAGAAAAGUUUUCGCCGCAGGCACUGCUUGGGAACUGUGGCUUCAUGGCGGCGAACCUGUACGCACGUUCCAUCUUCGGGGAGGACGCGCUCGCGAACGUGAGCAUUGAGAAGCCCACGCACCUGGGCCCCGACGCCUCCGUCACCGGACACAUCCGCAUUCGUGCCAAAAGCCAGGGCAUGGCACUCAGCCUGGGAGACAAGAUUAACCUGUCCCAGAAGAAAGCUGCUGUGUGAGAGUUGGCACGGGCACUAAGAAAGGGAGUGGAUGGCACUACUCUGCUGGAGUUUUGCCCCAUCACUGCUAACACCACCACCAAUAGAGUACUUAGCACCACGUGACUUGGCUGCUGUGGCUAAAAACGGGAUUACUGUGGCUCUUGGCCCAAUGCGGUGGAGACAUUUUAAACGCCGUUCGGAAGUUCUGCCCAUAGAUGGUGGCUUUUGAAUUUGUACAAGUGACUGUUUUCCAGGUUUGCAUUAUUAGGGCAAACGAUCCUUUGAGUAACUUUAUGAAAUACACUUAUCUGUUGAACGAU